AUGGUUCCAUCUGAUGUGUGUCCCACUGAGGAUGCAGUUAAGUCAUUCAUAGAGCACUUGGUUGAUCCAUUGCUGCCGGCAAAGUCAUCUGUCCAGGAUAAUCCGUCACUGUUUCAACAGAAGUUAGUUGCGAAACAGGUGCGUUCAGCUGUCUUACUUUACAAUUACUACCACAGGAAACAGCAUCCAGAACUAGAAUAUCUGCCAUUAAAUGAAUUUUGCAAGUUGGUUGUGGUUUUGAGGCCAGCUUUAUUGGCAUAUAUGCAAUUCAUGCAAAAUUCAGACGAAGAAGAGCUAAUUGAUGUGGAGAAGCAGCUAUCAUUGACAGAAAAGAUGAUUAUGGAAGCAUGUGAUGUUUGUAAAUGUUUAGAUGCAUCAAAGAAUGUUCCUAAUAUAGAGGGAUGGCCCAUUACAAAAGUAGCUAUCCUUUUAAUUGACAAUAAGAAGGAGAACUGCCUUUUGCAGUUUAGUUCCAUUACCAGUGGGGUAUGGUCUCUUGUUGAAAAAUGUCUGGACACCUCCAGCCAAAGUUCUCUGGUUGCAAAAGGUCUGGAUAGCUCCAAUCAAAGUUAUGAAGUUACAUCAGAAACAAAACAAUACAAAAAGAAAAGAGUCCUUAAAAAGUCUACAAAAGAUGGAUUUAAAGUCAGUGAAGAUGUGUAUCUGCAAGUUGGGUAUUUUUCUAUAAAGGAAGUCACAGGUAUCAAUAAUACUGAUAUUUUGCUUUUGGAAAGUGACACUGUCUAUUCUGAGAGCAAAGAGAAGCAAGCUUCUCGGUUUUAUAUAAUGCAGUGUUCCCGGCAAAUCAAUGAAGAAGUUAUUCAAAUUCCUAUCCAAGAUCUAAUUAAAAGCUUGCAGGGUCCUUUGGUUACUAAGAAUUCUAGAAGUUGGAUGAUCACUCCAGUAAUCGACUACUUCCAUGUGCUUCCAUACCAUGAAGUAAUCUUAAAGUGGAUAUCCAGAGAAGAAUUCUCAAAUAGUUUGCAAGAUUCAAGGGUAACAGAGAAAAAUAUAACAGUGGACACCCGUGAAGUAGCAGAGUUUUAUGUAAAUAAGGACACAUUUAUUGCUGUUAAUAGUAAGCCAAACGAUGAUAAUAUUGAUUCACCGAAACGGAAAGAUAACAGAAGUUGCACACCAUCAUUAUCUGAUUCUAUAUAUGAGCCCAUGGAAAUGAGCGUGAAUGAAAAUUCGAAUUUAAAAUCUCAGGACAAAGAAAAAAUCCAGCAUAUUAUUGGCAAGAGUGUACAAAUUGGUGAAGAUCAAGAAAAAAACAAUCCGUCUCCAAAGUUUAAUUAUGAUGGCUCUGCAAGUGCUGUUAAGGCUUUAGAUGUUGCUCCAACAACUAUGCUCAUUACUGAAGGUGGAAUCAACAAUCUUUCUUCCUUACACAAUAUUUUUGCCAAUAGGCCCAAUACCUCAUCUGAAAAAGGCACAGUAGAUGGCUGUACUCAGAUUGCAAAUCAUUCUAACUCAGAUCUAGAGAAGCUCAAAAUUCUUUCAGAUUUGAUGACUCAAACUGCCCUAGCUGCUUUGAUACGAAAGAGGAAUGAAUUGGCCCUUCAGCAGCGCAGGAUAGAGGACGAGAUUGCUGUUUGUGAUAAAAAUAUUCAGAGAAUGUUAAGUGAUGGGGAAGACGACUUUAAGUUAAAGAUUGAAUCAAUUAUAGAAGGCUGCAACGGUACAUGGCUAAGUAAUCAAGAGAGGGUGUUUGGACAACAAAGCUUACCUCUUAAGAGGAAAAAAUUGUCAGAGGCUGUCUUUUUCACACAAAGUCCAUCCCAGGCAACUGGAUUCAAAGCUAAGGUAACUGUUAAAGGAGUGGAGUUUCAGUGUUCAUUUGAAGGGAUAGUGGGUUCCAAUCCUCCUGAAGCAAGGGAAUCAGCUGCAGUUCUGAUGUUGAGUAACUUAAGAAGCGCAUUGAUGGAUUAA